AUGUCUCAUAGAAAAUACGAAGCACCAAGACACGGUUCAUUAGGUUUCUUACCAAGAAAAAGAGCUGUUAAACAAAGAGGUAGAGUUAAAUCAUUCCCAAAAGAUGUUAAAUCAAAACCAGUUGCUUUAACUGCUUUCUUAGGUUAUAAAGCUGGUAUGACCACCAUUGUUAGAGACUUAGACAGACCAGGUUCAAAAAUGCAUAAAAGAGAAGUUGUUGAAGCUGCUACUGUUGUUGAUACUCCACCAUUAGUUGUUGUUGGUGUUGUCGGUUACGUUGAAACUCCAAGAGGUUUAAGAUCAUUAACCACUGUUUGGGCUGAACAUCUUUCAGAAGAAGUUAAAAGAAGAUUUUACAAAAACUGGUUCAAAUCAAAGAAAAAGGCUUUCACUAAAUACUCAGCUAAAUAUGCUGAUUCAAAAUCAAUUGAAACUGAAUUACAAAGAAUUAAAAAAUACGCUUCAGUUGUUAGAGUUUUAGCUCAUACUCAAAUUAAAAAAACCCCAUUAUCACAAAAGAAAGCUCAUUUAGCUGAAAUUCAAAUUAAUGGUGGUUCAGUCUCAGAUAAAGUUGAUUGGGCUAAAGAACAUUUUGAAAAAGAAGUUUCAGUUGAUUCAGUCUUUGAACAAAAUGAAAUGAUUGAUGUUAUUGCUGUUACUAAAGGUCAUGGUUUUGAAGGUGUUACUCACAGAUGGGGUACCAAAAAAUUACCAAGAAAAACUCAUAGAGGUUUAAGAAAAGUUGCUUGUAUUGGUGCUUGGCAUCCAGCUAAUGUUCAAUGGACCGUUGCUAGAGCUGGUCAAAACGGUUACCAUCACAGAACCUCAAUCAACCACAAAGUUUACAGAGUUGGUAAAGGUUCAGAUGAAUCAAAUGGCUCUACUGAAUUUGACAGAACUAAGAAAACUAUUAAUCCAAUGGGUGGUUUCGUUAGAUACGGUAACGUUAACAACGAUUUUGUUUUAUUAAAAGGUUCAAUUCCAGGUACUAAAAAGAGAAUCGUUACUUUAAGAAAAUCAUUAUACGUUGAUACUUCAAGAAGAGCUACUGAACAAGUUAACUUGAAAUGGAUUGAUACUGCUUCAAGAUUCGGUAAAGGUAGAUUCCAAACCCCAGCUGAAAAACAUGCUUUUAUGGGUACUUUAAAAAAAGAUUUAGAAAACUAA